AUGACUUCCCAAGACUGGCUCCACGGUUCGCACUCGGGCCUCAUCUCUAUCGGCGGACAUGAUCUGUAUCUACGCGCAGACGGUCCCGAUCGAGUGUCCGGACAACCAGUAGUGAUCCUCGAGUCUGGCCUGGGAGGCUCGUCGGCCUCCUGGCCCCUCGUGACUCGCUACCUGACCCCCUUCAUCCGCGUCUACACGCACGACCGCGCCGGCUUAGGCAAGUCGGAGAUCAACCCCUUCGCCAACCAGUACGAGCCGGGCGUCUACGCCGAGAGGGCCGCCGAAGACCUCGACAAGCUCCUGCGGGAGGCGGGCGUGGACGGGCCGUUCAUCCUGGUGCCGAUGUCAUGGGGCGGGAUUGUCGCCCGGGAGUUCCUCGAGCGAAGAAAGGACGACGUGGUUGGCAUGGUCAUGAUUGAGUGCGUGCAAGAGAGGACGUCUGAGCUGAGGCCGAUUGACGCGCCGAACACAAUGGCGUUCCUGCGAGGACUGGAUUUCUUCGAGGUGGUAGGAGUCAAAGAGAGGCACCGUUUGACACCAGCAGAGUGGCAGAACCAACUGCAGGAAAUCGCGGAGAAUGGCCCGCAGACUGCUGUGGAAACGCUCGCGUGGCCGCUGACAGAAAAGACGCUCGGUAGUAAGAAACAAUUUGAGAGGCAAAUUCUCGGGAGCAAGCCGGUUAGUGUCAUUAAGGGGAACUCGGCGCGAGAGUUUCACGACGUGUAUAAAGCCGGUGUCGCAGCCGGGAACGGCACUGCAGAACAGCGGACUAUUGUUGCGAAGAUGCUUGAGGGAAUGGAGGAGAAGGAUGAUAUGUUGCAGCGAGAGCAGUUGAAGCUAUCUUCUGUUUCUCGCUUUGUACAGCUAGAAAAGCCCGGCCAUCUGGUAAUCCUGGAGGAGCCUGAAGCCAUAGCUGCAGAAGUGAAGUGGGUUCUGGAGUCAUCCAUAAAGAACCGAUCUUAG